CAUUAACUCCCCCAUUAAUACUGUGUUUAUCAUCAGGGAUUUAGAUCUUUCAUUCUUGCAAUCAUGCAACCAUGCAUUUGUAACUGUCUUUAUCUUUGGAUUGUUAGUACAUCUCGUGAAUGCCGAGGUGGUAAAGAUGUCUGUUUUGUCCUUGGGGGGGCGGGACGGGGGAGUUGACGGAGAGAAAGCUACUACAGAGAAGGCAAAACUUUGAUCCCAUUGAUGUGUUGCAGGAGGCUGUGCAGCUGAAACCCAAGACCAGUAACAUGUCAGACUUUGUGAACUAUUCUAAGCAUCGCUUGCUGACGCCAAGAUGAGGGAGGGGGGGCACAUGUGCGCCUCCAUAAGAGCUCCCAAUUAGAACAGAGCACCGUCUGACUUGCAGUCCCAUUAUUGAGGCAAUAAUGUCGUUAAUAGCGGCUCACUGCCCCACGUGGGACCCGGCUCAGAUCACUUUGCGGAUGUGUUUUUAAUGCUCAGGGGGGUUGUGAUGUAAGUGAGGGAGGUUUAGUGCGAAGGUAGAUCGCUAGGAGCUGGAGUGACCUUGGGUCUGCUUGUUGAGGGCAGGACAGAAUUCCGGAAGGGACACGUGGUCCGGAGUGACAAGGCCAUCUGCUGUAGCGCCAGCAGUAGCGAGAAGGUGGAGGGGGGGGGGGGGUGGAGAAUUCCUUUCGCUGGGGCGUGGAGGGAGAAGAUAUUCUGGGAUAUCACUGCUAGCACUCGGUCUGGAAACCUUUUUUUCUUUGGCAUUUUUCAAGCGCGAAACUGCCGGAGAAUAUUUGAUGGUGAGGCGGGAUCAUUGCGGGUUUAAAUGGGGAAGGUGUUUUCAUUUAUUUUUCCGGCCUUGCCGCGCUCCUAGAAGCGACUGGUGAUAAUGGUCUUGGUGUGUUGCCGUUUUAUUUUGGCGGAUUCAGUUUCCUCCCCAUCUCAGCACAGCCGGAGCUGAGGGAGCAGGAUCUGGUAGGCCGUCUGGCAGCGACCCUGUGGAGGAUCAUCUUGAAGGGAUUUUCUUGGGAGUUGUUCAGCGCAUGGCGAGGAUCUACUUUCUUGCCGCCUCACCGAAAUCGCAUGGCCUAAACGAAUGAAUACUUUUAUGAGGCGCCUUGCACCAGAGAUGGGCCAGGACCAAACCAAGCAGCAGAUCGAGAAGGGCCUGAGGUUGUAUCAGUCCAAUCAGACGGACAAAGCCCUGCAUGUCUGGACUAAAGUGCUGGAGAAGACCUCAGAUCCUGGAGGGAAGUUCCGGGUGUUAGGGUGCCUGAUUACGGCUCACUCGGAAAUGGGAAAAUACAAAGAUAUGCUUAAGUACGCUCUGGAUCAAAUCGACACGGCCAGAGAAAUGGAGGACCCAGACUACCUCACAGAGGGCUACCUGAACUUGGCGCGCAGCAAUGAGAAGCUGUGCGACUUCCAGAAAACGGUGUCCUACUGUAAGACCUGCUUGAACAUGCAGGGCACCACGGUCAGCCUGCAGCUCAACGGCCAGGUAUGUCUCAGCAUGGGCAACGCCUUCCUGGGCCUCAGCGUCUUCCAGAAGGCCUUGGAGAGCUACGAGAAGGCCCUGCGCUACGCACACAACAACGACGACAAGAUGCUGGAGUGCAGAGUCUGCUGCAGCCUGGGGAACAUUUACGUCCACCUUAAGGACUAUGAGAAAGCGCUGUUCUUCCCGUGUAAAGCAGCUGAGCUUGUCAAUGACUACGGGAAGGGUUGGAGCCUGAAGUAUCGAGCCAUGAGCCAGUACCACAUGUCCGUCGCCUACAGGAAGCUGGAGCGCCUGCCGGACGCCAUGGAGUGCUGCGAGGAAUCGAUGAAGAUUGCCCUGCAGCACAGUGACCGUCCUCUGCAGGCUCUGUGCUUACUGAACUUUGCAGACAUACACCGCUGCAGGCGGGACGCUGAUAAAGCAUUCCCUCGCUACGAGUCUGCACUGGGUAUCAUGACUGAGAUUGGAAACCGUCUCGGACAAUCUCAUGUCUACCUGGGAGUUGCAAAGUGUUGGCUUCUGCAGAAAGAAUUUGACAAGGCUCUUGAUUCUUUACAGCGAGCACAGGAGUUGGCAGAUGGGAUGGGAAACAAGCUGUCUACGCUGAAGGUGCACUGCCUGAGUGAGGGGAUUUAUCGUGCCCGGGGGCAGCAGGAGGAGCUCAGGGAGCAGGUGGUGAAGUUCCUGCAGUGUGUGGAGGAGCUGGAGCUCUACUGCGGCAUGUGUGGAGAGUCCAUCGGGGACAGGGACCAAAAGCUGCAGGCCUUACCUUGUUCCCACAUUUUCCAUCUCAAGUGUCUGCAGACAAACGGCACCAAGGGUUGUCCGAAAUGUUUCAAGUCCUCGUUGAAGCCUGGAUUUGUGUGAUGGCGAGCCGGCGUUUGUGCGUUGGAUGUGCAGACGAAGCGCGAAGCCUCGCAGGCUCCUGACCGGGAGGAGCAGGCGGCCUCGGGAGGUGCUGAAGGUGUUUGAGGAGUAACGAUCCGCUGCUCUGUGGAGAGGAUGCUGAACUCAACCCAGUGUCGAAGAGCGCGGCUCUGAGGGCCCGAUGUGAUGUCGGCUGGCGGUGGAGGUACAACUGACUGAUUUCAAUACAAGCCGAAGAAGCACGAACCCACGUCGUCCCCGAGGACUCUUCAUGUUGCAGGAUUUCAUUCUAGUGGAAAAAAGACCAGGUUUGUUGUUCCAGGUCUGAUAAUAUCUUUGACACAACAUCCACUUUCUCUUUAAUCAACAGUUUUUUAUUUUUUUUUGUAUUUAUCAGAGUACAGAGCCAUUUCUGAAUUUAACUGAUUUCAUACACGCUAUAUUUAUAAUUGUACAUACCUUUGUCAUGUUAUUUUUCUUUUAGAGGUUUGAUUUAUUUGAGGUGUUAUUUAAAACCUACAGCUAAAAUCUCUCAACCAUUCAAAAUGUAUCACGUAUUCAUCGAGUUUAAGGAGCCAGAACAACACACAUUGUGUUCCUAGAAAUUCCUUUUCUCUCCAUGUUUAAAACUGACAGCAGCAUAAUAUUGUCGCUAUCUAAGGCGCAUAUUGUUUGAGAAGGAAACCUGUCGGGAAAGGAUCUUCUUUGACCAAUCACACAUCUGACAGAUAACCAUUUAGAGAAGAUACAUUUUAAUGUGGUGCUUUAAAUUUACAGUUGAAUGUAAAUAUAUACCGAAUGGUCAAAUGUAUUGAGAUUAUUUAUUUGCAGAGGCAUUGUAAUCUUAAGGGGGUUUUGAGGGAGAAAGACAAAAAAAAAAAGAAUUAUCCCGUCAGAUAGUGAUGCAUGUUUUUUUUCAUAAUGCAGGAAACAAAGGAUUUCAUCAAACUAUGAAUCCUUGUGGCUGCAUUUUCUUAUUUCAGAAUUGUUUAUUAUAGGAUUAGUUCAUAUUUAGUGGCUUUUACCAUUCAUAUUCCUUAUAUAUUUGUUCAAUAACUUGUUCAAUAUAUUCGAGUAAUGUGAUUUUGGGGGUAAAGCCGGUUAAUUAAUACUGUAAAGGCUUUAUAGAGUUUUUUUUUUUAUAAAGUAGGCUUUCCCUACAAAAGUAAACUCUCCCUUAAAUGUAUCUGUAGUGAGACUAGUUGUAGGUGAUAAAAUUACUCUUUUAAAACAUAGAUGUAGAUGUGGCACACAGAUAACUUCAUUUGAGUGGUAAAAAAAAGUCAACAAUUGCUGUUAAACCUUUUAGUUAUUUCAUUAACAAAGAAAAACAUGUUUUCAAACUUAAGGAAUAUACAUAUUUUAGAUUUGAAACAUUUUUCGCAUGUAGCUUUCUGUCACGCAAGAAGGAUGACCGCAUGAGAAGAGGGAGACCAACACAUUUACUAUUACUGCCCAAUCCUGUUUUCACAAGCUGUGCAUCCAAAUAAUGUUGUUUCACUCUGUUAAUCUGUAGCACAGUCAAUGUAAAACCUCUAAAGCAACGUUUUGUUCUUAGUUCUGGAGUAAAAAUAAGAUUUCACUGUCACUCGUCCACAAUUUAAACUACCUCUGUUUUUCCUCUAAGCUUUCCGCUUCUCAGAGGAAUAAAUGCAGUAAUAAAAUUUAAGUACAUGAGGUGGAAUUAUGUUUUUCUAGACGUGUUGAUAAAACCUUUUAAUGAUCUAGAAUGCAUUGUUAAUAUAUGUAUGCAUCGAGUCAAACCAUGUUACUGUGUCAAAUAUGGAAGCAUUUCAAAAUGGAAAAUAAAGUGCACUGAAAGUAAA